GGGCGCUAGGCACCGCAGUGCUGGUCACUUUGUCCGCGGAGGCCACGGGAGGGGCCGGGCCUCGGUUCCCCACCCUCCGGGCCGAAGACAGAGUCCAUUAACUAGUUCCGGUCGUCUGGCUCUGGACGGGGAGGAUCCCCUGGUGCUGUGAACAAUGUAGCAGAGAUCAGGCUACUCCGGAGCAGCAGCAGCUGGUGAAGCAAUGGAGAUGCAAUCCUACUAUGCCAAGCUCUUGGGGGAGUUGAACGAACAGCGAAAGAGGGAUUUUUUCUGUGACUGCAGCAUCAUUGUGGAAGGGCGGAUCUUUAAGGCCCACAGGAAUAUUUUGUUUGCCAACAGCGGCUACUUCCGAGCCCUGCUCAUUCACUAUAUCCAGGACAGCGGGCGGCACAGCACCGCCUCCUUGGACAUUGUCACCUCCGAUGCCUUUUCCAUCAUCUUAGAUUUCCUGUAUUCUGGGAAGUUGGAUUUGUGUGGGGAAAACGUGAUUGAAGUUAUGUCGGCCGCCAGUUACCUACAGAUGAAUGAUGUGGUAAACUUCUGCAAGACAUACAUCCGGUCAUCCUUUGAUAUCUGCCGAAAGAUGGAGAAGGAGGCUGCUGUGGCUGCAGCGGUGGCAGCGGCAACUGCAGCUGCAGCAGCUCAUCAGGUUGACGGUGGAAGCCCCAGUUCAGGCACAGAAGGGGCCUCCUGUGAUACCAAGAGCCUGGUCUCCUCUACAGCCAAGGAAGAAGAGUGUGUGGACUGUCCGAAGGAAUCCCCUUGUGGUGACUGCCGCCCCCUGGAACCGGUGGGGAAAGACAGCGAGGGCAGUGGCUCGGCUGACGGUGACCUCUCUGCUCUGCCCAAGCAGAUAGAGCCCAAGGUGGAGUUUGAUGCUGACGAAGUGGAGCAGGUGGAGGUUGGUGAGCAGCUGCAGCAAUAUGCUGCUCCACUGAACCUGGCCCACAUGGAGGAGGGUUUGCCCAGUGGCCAUCCCGUGGACGUGUCUUACGGUAACUACCACGUGAAGCAAUUCUUGGAGGCCCUCUUGCGCAACGGUGCUGUCCAGAGCAAAGAUGAUGCGGAUCAUCACUUUUCUCGGAGUUUGGAGGGAAGACCAGAUGGUGUAGGAGGAGCCAUGAGUUCCAUGAUGGAUGUCCCGACCGACUGGUAUGGCGAGGAUUCAGGCGAUGUGCUGGUGGUCCCCAUCAAGCUCCACAGAUGUCCUUUCUGCCCUUACACUGCCAAACAGAAGGGCAUCCUUAAGCGGCACAUCCGCUCACACACGGGUGAGCGGCCCUACCCCUGUGAGAUCUGUGGCAAGAGAUUCACUCGACAGGAGCACCUGCGGAGUCAUGCCCUGAGCGUCCACAGAUCCAACUGUCCAAUCAUCUGCAAGGGCUGCAGAAGAACCUUCACGAAUCACCUGUCACAGGGGCUGAGGCGCUUUGGGCUGUGUGACAGCUGCACCUGCGUUGCAGACACACAUGAUGAUGAGUACAGUUUGAUGCCCAUCAACCUUAGCCUGGUGGAGGCUUCAUCCGAAAGCCAAGAAAAGAGUGACACAGACAAUGAUUGGCCAAUCUAUGUGGAGUCUGGUGAGGAAAACGACCCCACCGGAGAGGAUUCUGACGACAGACCACCAAUCCAGCCCAACCUAACAGACCGAGAGACACUCAUGUAGCAGUAGAUUCGGGGGAAGAGGUUUUGGAAUUUGUUAUUGCUCAUUCUGUGGUUGAACCCUGAGACGAACAUUUUCUUCAGUGUCAAUAUAUUUGCAUUUUUGUUAGAUGACCUAGUAGAGGUUGGAUUUUGUGACUCAAAGGACUAAUGAGUUUUUAGUUUGGUGCCCUUGAUUUCUGAGGGCUUUGCUGACCUUCCUUAAUUCUGAGUGAAUAGGCCGGCCCUCAGGCUUCCUGUUUGGCCUGUUGUGCACCUGAACUCUGGUUGGGAGAAAGAUAAGAAAACCCCCAUGCUUGUUUUCAUAGUGUCUCAAUCUCUGCAUUCCUUUGGGGUCAUCCUCUUUUCUCUGAAAAGGUGGGCCAGAAUGUAUUAAGUUUUGAGAAUAAUUUUACCUCUGCCAGCCUCUCCUAAUGAAUUCCAUAUUCCAAUUUUCCGAAGUACUUAAGAGAAAGCUUUAUUGAUACAAGGCAGGCGGGACUGCCUUAGACAUGAUUGUAAAAGCUACUUUUCUAAAUCUAAGACUGCAGCAGUAAAGCUGGGGGUGUUUGUGUGCAUACAAGCACGG